ACCGUCACUCAACGUAAAUAAAAUAAUAACAAUGGUUGCUAAGGCCCUCCUCGUCCUCUGCGCUCAAGCGCUUGUCCUCCAGAGCAUCUCCGCCCAGUGCAUCGGAGCUUACCCAGCUCUGGCUGCAGCGCCCUGCGCCGCCGCCGCCCCACUAGCCGCCGCUCCCUGCGGUGCCGGCUACGCUGGAUUUGGAUACGCCGCCCCCGCUCAAGCCCUCGCCGCCUCCAACGGCCCCGGCCUCGCCAUCUCCAGCGCCUCCCCCAUCUCCCCGGUCGGCGUGUCCGUAGCCUCCGAGAACGCCAUCGAGGGCGCCCUCGCCGUCGCCGGAGCUCUGCCGUUCCUGGGCACCGUCGGUCUCGAGGGAGUGCUGCCCACCGCCGGCGCCGGUAACGUGGCCUACAACUGCGGCAGCGGCGCCGUCGCCAUCACCGCGGAGGACAUCGCCGCCGCUCCGUUCGGCUACGCCGCUGCCGGUCCUCUCGGCUACGGCGCCGCCGGUCUGGGCUGGGAGGGUGCCGGUUUCGGUUACGGUGCGGGUCUCGGCUACGGCGCCGGUCUCCCCUACGGUGCCGGUCUCGGUGGCUGUGGAUGCGGUGCUGCUAUCGUCUAAGUGCUAUUUCAGCCUACAGUUUCAACAUUAUGCCUUAAGUAAAGAAAAAUUCCACAAAAAAUACAUUUUUUUCUUAAAUAAACGUCUGAAUGCAAGACUGGGGCAGGAUGGA